UAAUUAAAAGUAAUAAGUGAAGAUAUAUAUAUAGAAUUGGCGAUUACAUCCUUUGGCCGAGCUCCUCCUUCUAUUUGUGGCGUGCGUCUUCGUGUUGUUUCACAAAUGGCGGGAUCUAUAGUUUUACGCCGACUCCGAACGUCAAAUGGAUUUUUAUGAGGAGUUUUUGCAUGGUAGAAACACACUUGGAGUUAUGUCAUUGUCUGCCAAGGACCGACCGCUAUUAGAAAAAAGCUUUUUCUUCAUUUUAGUAUUUCACGGGAUCAUCUACUUAUAUGUGAACGUAUUAUAAGAGGAUAAAAAAGUAUUGGUAAUGAGUUAAUCUGUCACGACAAUAUUUAUAUUUUGUAGAACCCGCUCAAAAAAGAACUUUUUUCACUUUGUCGUUUAUACGAUUUGGUGUGAUACGACAAAUUAGUGAAUUUGAGUAUUUUCUGAUUGCAGAGAAUAGAAGAAAUAAUAGGGCUCCGAAGAUGCUACCCUGAGAAACACCUGAAGUAGCAAUAAACGAAUUCCAAGAUAUGCUUUAUUAGAAAAAAAGAAAAAAGCACGCUGCCUGUUAGUUGGCUAAAUGACUUCGAGCACCUUAAAAUAAAUAAAUUCACGUGAAAUGGCUCAAAAAGUGCGGAAGCGACUUGAGCGAAAUCCCCGACGAAGUGCCAAUCAAAUAGCGAAAGAACUGAAAAUAUCUGACCAUAGCAUCCGCCACAUACUGAAAAAUGAUCUCAAAGUCAAGCCUUACAAGAUCCAACAGGCGCAUGAUCUCACACCAAAGCAGCAACUAGUCAGACUUGAGAGAGCGAAGGAGUUGCUUCGCUUUGCCGAAAGCGGUAAAUUUCCGCCACAAGUAAUGGUUUGGGCCACUGUAACCACAGAUGGGCGCUCUGCAAUCGUUUUCAUUAAGCCCGGCGUCAAGGAAAAUGUGAAAUAUUAUCGGGAAAGUUUUCUGAGUGUUGCUUUGAAGCUGUGGGAUGACAAACAUUUCGUUGGCAGACCAUGGACGUUUCAACAGGAUCAGAUGCGUAUACCGCAAUAUGCACGCCUGCUUGGACCUCACCAACAAUCACCGUGAAAGCAAUUAAGAAUGAGCAGGUAUUGAAUCAAAACAUUUAAAUAAAAUAAUACAACUUUAAAAAAAGGACCUGGGGACGUUUAGAAAAACUUAAAUUCAGCGGGCUGCUAAUCAUUAUAAAUAAAAGAAACUCUUACAAUAUGUGUACGGAGAGCCGAACAGACAGAAAUGGCCAAACUAAAUCCUUUCCACAUUCUGAGCAUUUUGGUAUAUAUUGAUAUACAUACCUUUUUCGAUUACCUUAUUCUGUUACGUACAACCUCUCGCCGGUAUGUGAACCCUUGUGGUCUUGAAAAUGUUCGAAUCGGUCGUUCUCUAAAAUAAAACCAUGCAUUACUAAAUAUUGUUAUUAAAAACAUGUUUUAUUUGGCUUCUAUGUCCUAUUUUUUUGUUUAUUACAAGGAUUACUUAGAUCUAUAUAUCUUACACACCGUUCGUACAACAUAGAACAAUUGUAAACG